UCGGUGGCUGGUGUACACAGUGGGUAUUGUCACCUGCCAGAGUCAACAGAUGCCUCAGACGAACAGGCUCCGCGUCGCCUCCCUGUGCCUGCAGUUCAUGGGUUUCGUGGUGGCCAUUAGCUUCAGUGGCAACCUCACCGCCUUCCUAACCACAAGGAACGUGGAGCCCGCCCUGAGAAGCCUUCGUCAGCUGGAUGAGAGUGGCUUAGCUAUCGUGGGUUUUAGUAACUACUGGCUUCUCUUCUUCCUCGCCUCACAAAACACGCAUCUUCUCUCCUUCGCCAGCAAAUAUCGUGACGUUACCAACACUCUUCCCGUCUUCAGGGAGGUGGCGGAGCAGAGGACAGCGGCUUUGGUGGAGAACAGGAACCACCUUCAGUAUAUCCUGACGCAGUUUUACACGACCAAGAGAGGAGAGACGCCGCUCAGGAUACAAGAGGAGUGUCUGGCGACCUUUGGAGUGAGUGCCGCUCUCAUGAAGCACUCUCCCUUGGCACCUUACAUUAAUGAGGCAAUUCACUACAUGCAGGCUGGGGGACUCACAGACAAGUUCUUCGAGGAGGUGUUGCUUGAAGACCUCCACCACGAUGACCACGGAGACGAGGAGACCUGGCUGGACCUACACGACCAGGAUACUGUGGCCACGGGGGCUAAGGUUCUCUCGCUAGAACAUCUACUGGGAGCCUUCGUGGUCAUGGCAGCGGGGUUCCUCAUAGCAUCCUUCAGUCUGGCAGUGGAAAGAUGCUGUCUUCACUCACACGCCUAGACUUCCCACUGACUCACCGCUAUGACUCAAUUUAUUCUG